AGUAUCAUCUCUUUAUUUAUCAUUUUUAGCUUUUAUUUAAUUUCGGUAACCGAUGUCUGUAAUGGGUAUUUUACAUAUCUGGAUCUUCCUAAGUCAGCACACUAAAAGACUUGUACAUUUGAAAAGGCACUAGGCUGCCAUCUAGUGGCUGGAUGCUGGAUCCCUCAGUGUGUCAACCUAGUUCACUGCCUGGCCGGCAAAGCUCACCUGUACCGGGGUUUACCGUCGGAAAAGCUUUUGAAAUAGUUUUAGAGUAGGUACAUAGAGAAUGGAUUGCGGUACUUUUCAGUAGUGCGGUAUUUGCGAAAUGUUUCACUCUGCACGGCAAAAUUAGGUUGACAAGUGAGAGCUUAAGUAAUAAGCCACCAGGAGAAAUGUCCAAAGCCUCUUCUCUUACUUGUCUGCCGUCGUCGUCUCCGUCGCCGCCGUCGCCUUGUUUUUCACUUACUCCCGCUUCGAGAAACGGACACUUUGUGAAGUUCCUUUCCGCCGCUUUCUACGCUCUCAGCUCCUUUCUUAUCAUCGUGGUGAACAAGACCGUUUUAACGAACUACCGAUUUCCCUCAUACAUGUUCCUUGGAAUUGGACAGAUGGCAUUCACAAUCAUCAUUCUCUAUUUAGCCAAAAUAUGCAAAGCAGUGACUUUUCAGGACUUUGACAGAAACUUACCCAGAAAGAUUUUCCCUUUGCCAUUACUCUAUGUGGGAAAUCAUGUAACAGGUCUUGGAGGCACAAAGAAAUUAAGCUUACCCAUGUUCACUGUGCUCCGAAAGUUCUCUAUCCUACUCACAAUGAUUAUGGAGUCAAAAAUAUUAAGAAAGGCAUUUUCACCUCAGCUGGUGUUCAGUGUAUUGGCCAUUUUGUUCGGGGCUGUAAUCGCUGCAAGCUCUGACCUCGCGUUUGAUGCAGAGGGAUAUGCUUUUGUUCUACUCAACGAUGUAUUCACAGCUGCUAGUGGUGUGUACACAAAGAAGAAACUGGGAGUCGAGGGCCUGGGCAAGUAUGGAGUUCUGUUCUACAACGCGUUCAUCAUCAUUAUACCGACUAUUUUGGCAAGUGCCUUUACUGGAGAUUUAGAAAAGGCCGUUGCCUUUGAAGGAUGGCUGUCACUGAGCUUCGUUUUAUAUUUUCUGAUGUCUUGUGUCAUGGGGUUCAUUCUGAUGUACUCCAUUAUUCUGUGCAGUUAUUACAACAGUGCCCUAACCACUACAGUUAUUGGGGCUAUUAAGAAUGUUGCUGUAGCCUACAUUGGCAUGUUCAUUGGAGGAGAUUAUCUAUUCUCAUGGCCAAACUUUGUCGGGCUAAACAUCUGCAUAUCUGGUGGAUUGUUGUACUCGUACCUGACGUUCAACACCAGAAAGAGUCCUUCUUCACGAGCCGUGAACCAAGAGGAGACCAAACUGGGGGCUCCUGUGGUAGGAGAUGACCUAGCUAGAGCUAAAGCUGAGAUCCAGUAACCUCCUAUUGCGUCUACCGCUGGAGACCGUAUAGCUGUCACUGAGGCCACAGUCAUGGACGUUUGGCUGCAUACUCUAGCACGUCGUAUUUGAAAUGAGAAAAUGGGCUCCAAGCAAGAAUUCUUAUUUGUACAUUUAUCUUAAGGUCAGUUCAUACAACAAUGCCUUGUUAGAGUCAACAAAUGCCCAUAAGUUCACCGAGUAGUUGUAAAAGAGCAAUAUAAACUGCUUUGGUCCUACAAAAUUGCAGGUGAAUGAGAUUUUGAGAAUUAAUAUAUUAAGGCUAAGUACUCUGUAGUUUUUGUCCAAAAAUGUAAUUUGUUAAAUCACUGUAUAGGCUAAAACCGAACUUUUCUUAAGAAGGGCAACAUGUGACGUCACCUAUCAGCCACUGCAACCGAAGGACGUACCCUGGACAGUCUGUUAAUAACACCUGAACUGCUAAAUGACAAAUUAAUUUUAAAAGAAGGCAAAUUUAUCACUGUAUAUACCCUCAGUGGGCAGUGUGGCCAUGUAUCACAGUGCCAAGCCUUAGCAGGGCUCCUGUCAGGAUUUUGCACAGGAUAAUCGCAACAUGACUACGUCCAGCUUAAUUUAUACAUUGCCUUGCAGAAGUAUCCAUCCCCUUAAAUGUUGUUAGAUUCAUCUGGAUUGUAAUAUUUCAUGCCAUUGGUCAGACUGGAUCUGACAACUGUGAAAAUGAUCUUUCUAACGAUAUAUUAAAACUCAAGCUGUUUCAUUAGACACAAACCAUUACUUCAUACGGUGUUUAUCUCUGAAGAACUGCUGUAUGUGGUUUGUACAUGUCUGAACCACUUAUAACUUGUGUCUACCAGUACAUUUGCACAAUUCUAGCAUGCCUAUGCCUCAAAAAAUUUCCCAUACAGUCUCUGUGGAAUGUGCCAUUUGAUGGUAGUGUAGCAAAAGCUUGAGAGUUGUGGUGUGGCAAGAUCAGCCGUGCUGAACUUUAUACAAAUAGUCUUCAAACAUGACAUGGUUACCCAAUCAAAAAACAAGAGUGUCUGUGUGAACAAAAUCUUCUGCAAUGUGUAUUAGAAAAAUUUGGUUUAUUAAAUGUUCCAAGUCAGUAUACAUGAAAAAAUAUUAGCAGGAUAGAGCUUCUCCAUGCUUUAUGGUACCUCUUUACUAAUAUGAAGAGUGAAUAAUGAUGCAUUUUUACUCCAUUUAACUACAAUUAUUCUCCAUUAAAUUUGAAACCUAAGUAUUAUUAUACACAAGUGAUUUUGAGCAAGACACUGUCAACACCCUUAGUGACACUACAAGAAAUUGUUUGAACAAACAAGAACAUGGUUGUACACAUGGUUCUUGCAUAAGUUAAAAUAAUCAGCUUUCAUUUGAGUGUAUGUACUGAAUAUCCAUGCCAGAUAAACCACGUAGUAAUUACAGUACUUUUUAUGUAGUGCCUCCUUUUUUACAGGACCACAAGUAACUGGCUACUGCUGUUUAUUUUCUUGGUCAGCUGUUUUUUUGCAUUAUUCCAUGCAUCAGGAAGCUAACAAAAGGUUUAAAGUUGUUUCUAGAUGUGGCAUUGAUCAUGCAGUUUCUCAACAGGAAGAUCGAAGGAGUGGGCAGGAGUAGGUCAGACCAUUAUGAGGUUUAGAGGUCUGAAUGCAUCUUUGGAAAUCUGUUAAAAAUACUUGACUAUGACUUUAAUAUAGACUAAAGUGAAUAUUUUGUGAUUAUAUUAAGCCUUUUGCACCCACCAUUACAUUUAGUUGGUACAGAAAUGUAACCAAUAUAUAUUUUAAUAUAUAUAUUUUCUCUCGGUCUGUCUGUUCUUGGGACAGAAUUCUUUAAUAAACAUUUCCGUCUAAGCUAAAGCAAAAGGUUUCAAUAUCUUAAUUAAGACUCGGAUAAACUGUGAGUAUGAUAAUCACAUAUACCUUGUUUCCUUUAACAUUUAAUGGUUGUAGACCACUUAAGUGUGCAUAGUAUAUUUAAG